AUGACCGCCGAAAAGCGAACUCUCGAAUUGGGCAAUGUGCUGGUGGUCGGUGGCUGUGGCUUCCUAGGCUGGCACAUCGUCGAUCACCUGUUGAACUUCCCCUCGGAGACGGAUCCCAGCAGCGCGCUCCCCAAGCCCAAAGACGACGCCCGGUUCGAAUACCCAACUCUGGGCUCCAGAUACCCCGCAUACAAGGCGACCGUCUCGGUGGUCGACCUUCGCACAACACACAAUCGUCUGCCCGGUGCGACCUACUAUGAUGGCGACAUCACCUCCGUCGAGUCCAUGAUGAAGGUGUUCAGCGCCGUGAAGCCCGACCUCGUGAUCCAUACCGCGACUCCCUCGGUCCUCGACGGCAACAAAAAGCUUCUGUACAAGGUGAAUGUGGAAGGGACUCGGACACUUCUCGAAGUUGCUGGUGGGGAGCACGGCGAUUGGGGUGGCAAGUGCAAGGCCUUUGUGUACACCAGUUCCAGCUCAGUGGUCCACGACACGCAAAGUGACUUGAAGAAUGUGAAUGAAGAGUGGCCACUUGUGCGAGGUCGUCUGCAAAUGGAGUAUUACUCGGAGACCAAGGCCGAUGCCGAAGAGAUCGUUCUCAAGUACAAUCGCCAGUCUCCCACGGGCAUGGUCACUUGUGCUGUCCGACCGGCCGGUAUUUUCGGCGAGAAGGAUACUACCGUGACGCACAAGAUUCUCGAACAUGGAUCCCAAGCCUCACAAGCCGUCUUGAACAUGCAAUUGGGUGACAAUGACAACCUCUUCGACUUUACUUAUGUCGGUAAUAUUGCCUACGCACACAUGCUCGCCGGCCACCGGUUACUGGCGACCUAUGCGCGCUAUGAGGCUGGCCAGGGCGGGCCUCUGGAGCACGAGCGCGUGGACGGCGAAGCCUUCAACAUCACCAAUGACUCACCUGUCUACUUCUGGGACUUGACCCGCUCGAUGUGGGCCCUGAUCGAUCGGAUCGUCGAGCCUCACCAGGUGUGGGCGCUGCCGGAAGGGCUCUUGGACGUGGUGGGAGGUUUGGCGGAGGGCGUGAUGGGCCUGCUCGGCAAGACGCCACGUUUGACCCGUCGCGUCGUUCGAUUCUCCUGCAUGACUCGGUACUUUUCCAUCGAAAAGGCCAAGUACCGCCUGGCCUACCUGCCCGUUGUCCCCGUGCACGAGGGUGUCGCUCGUGCCGUGGGGUAUGUGGUGGAAACCCAGCGCCAGUCGGAGGGUAAGAAGGGGCUGUAA